GUUGCCACUAAUGGGUUUAUUGCAGUGAAUGAACCUUCAACUGAAGAAAAAUAUCUUGGUCAAUUCCCAGUCAGUUUUGGGGCUAUUGCUCCUUUUAUGGCUGACCUGGACACAACAGAUGGACGUGGAAAUGUGUAUUACAGAGAAGAUUCAUCCUCAGAUGUCUUGCAACUUGCAUCAGACUAUAUCAAAAGAGGUUUUCCUGAGACUACUUUUGAUCCCAGCAGUGUUGUCAUUGUUACCUGGAAGCUCGUGGCUCCUUACCAAGCACCAGGAGAAGAUCAUGCUUUGGAAGAAAAGAGAAACACAUUCCAGGCUGUUUUAGCCUCUUCUGAGUCCAGUUCCUAUGCUAUUUUCCUUUAUCCAGAAGAUAGUUUGCAGUUCUAUAGUACAUACACCAAGAACGAUGACGGAAUGAUUCCUGCUAUGGUUGGCUUUAGUCAAGCCUCUACAAACUACUACUUUUGGGAAAAGCCAGGAUCCUACAAUGUCAUUGCUAAUGAUGAAGACAGCAUUAGAAACCUGCACAAAAGCAGCAAUGCUGGAAAACAAGGUGUCUGGGUGUUCGAGAUUGGUAGCUCAUCUGACAGUGUUGUGCCUGCCAAGAUCAGCAACAUUUCCGAGAGCCUAGAGUCCAAUGAACAAGACCAGGAGAUGACUUCAAAAUCAUUUAUGUCAGACUAUGGCUCCACUGAAAUAAGACAGCAGUAUGUCACCAGUAGUACAGACAACACAGAAGAGGAUCAGCACCACGUUACAUAUAGUGUUCCUCAGCUAGCUGCAGAAGACUUUCUGACUUCAUACCAAGAUGUAACAGGAACACCUUUGACUGAGUCUUUUAACAGUCAUCAAGAUUUUCCAACAGCAAAAGCUCCACCUCGCCAGUUCCAGGUCCAGCAGUUCCCCCCACAGCAACCCCAAGUCAUAGAUGUAGAAGAAUUUGAUGAAACUGGUAUAGUGUUUCGCUACCACACGGAUGUCCAACAGACCUGUGCUAACAACCGCCACCAGUGCUCUGUUCAUGCUAUUUGCAAAGAUUAUCCCAAUGGAUUUUGUUGCAGUUGUAUUGCUGGUUACAAAGGAAAUGGCAGACAAUGUGUAGCAGAAGGUUCUCCUCAGAGAGUCAACGGGAAGGUCAAAGGAAGAAUCUUUGUUGGAAAUAACCCCGUUCCAGUUGUAUUUGAGAACACUGAUCUCCACUCCUAUGUUGUGAUGAACCAAGGGCGUGCCUACACUGCUAUUAGCACAAUCCCAGAGACUUUGGGGUAUUCGUUACUGCCUCUUGCCUCUAUUGGAGGUAUCAUAGGAUGGAUGUUUGCUGUGGAACAGCAAGGAUAUAAAAAUGGAUUCAGUGUUACUGGUGGCGAGUUUACACGGCAAACUGAAGUAACUUUUCUUGGCAACAAUGAGAAGCUGGUUAUAAAGCAGAAAUUCAGUGGAAUUGAUGAGCAUGGUCACCUUACCAUCAGCACAGAAAUGGAGGGCAGAAUACCUGAGAUCCCAUCUGGUGCAUCAGUCCAUAUAGAACCGUACACUGAACUCUAUCACACUUCUAGCUCUGUGAUCACUUCAUCGUCCACCAGGGAGUACACGGUGACAGAGCCGGAAAGGGACGGGAUUGCUUCCACGUACAUGGGCGCCUAUCAGUGGCGACAGACCAUAUCGUUUGAUGAAUGCAUUCAUGAUGACUCUCACCACGCUGCUUCUGCUACUCAGCAGCUUUCAGUGGACAGUGUGUUUGUCCUGUAUAACCGAGAUGAGCAGAUUCUGCGAUAUGCUAUGAGUAAUUCCAUCGGCCCAAUCAGUGAUGGUUCUGCUGAUAUUAACCGGAAUCCUUGCUACACCGGUACCCAUAACUGUGACACCAAUGCGAUAUGCCGUCCAGGAACUGGAAAUCGUUUCUUCUGCGAAUGUUCGAUUGGAUUCCGUGGAGAUGGAAACGUUUGUUAUGAUGUUGACGAAUGUUCAGAGCAACCAGCUCUAUGUGGCAGCAAUGCAGUCUGCAAUAACCAGCCAGGAACCUACCGCUGCGAGUGUGUUGAGGGAUACCAGUUUGCAGCAGAUGGGCAGACUUGUGUCGGUGAGUUUCACAUUUCUUAUAAAAGCACUGCCCACCAGCUCCCAGCU